CGAGAUGAAGACGGUUACAGUUGUUUUUUCUUUAGCUCUAGUCUUCCUUGCUUCGGCAGAAGAGCACAAGGACUUUCAUGAAAUUAAACAUCACAGGACGAUAUACUUGGUCAAGGAAGAAAAAGUGCCGUACCCGGUCAAAGUAGAAAAAGAAGAGAAGUAUCCAGUCCACGUCCACGUGGAUCAUCCAGUGCCAUACGAAGUCGAAAAGCCUGUGCCGUACACCGUGGAGAAGAAAGUCCCGGUCGAAGUCAAAGUGUACGUCCCAGAACCGUACCCCGUCGAGAAAAUCGUCCGUGUUCCGGUCAAAGUCGAAGUACCUCAUCCAGUGCCGUACAAAGUCGAGAAACCGGUGCCCUACGAAGUAGUCAAGGAGGUCAAAGUCCCCGAGUAUAAAGAAGUCCGCGUCCCGGUGAAAGUGUACUACGACGUGCCCAAACCAUACAACGUGCCGGUCACCGUCGAGAAAAAAGUGCCUUACUACGUCGAAAAGAAAGUACCCGUCGAAGUCAAAGUCCCCGUUGAGAAGCCGUACGAAGUCGUCGUCCAUAAGCCUUACAAAGUGUUCGUCGAGAAGCGUUAUCCUGUCACCGUCGAGAAGAAAGUCCCAGUCUACGUCAAAGUUCCUGAGUACUAUAAAGUCUACAAGCCCGUCUACGUCGAAUCCCACAAAAAGGAAAAGCACGGCCACGUAGUAUUUAAACAUUUUAAAAAAUGGCACAAAUUUGACUGAUACGUAUAGAUAAUUGUUGAAAUAAAAUGUUGUUGUAAUUAA